CGAAGCAAUAAAGAAAUAACAGGCUCGAUACGAGCCUGCGGCUAUCCAUCGUUCAGUUCGCCAAGUUCCAUCGAGAGAAGUCGCUGCGUUCCGCAAAGGUCGAAUCGAUCUGUUGCGUUGUCGUAUCGUUUCUGUUGGAGAGAGGCCUUUUGAGGCAAUGAAGCGAACAGAUAGACCUGCAAUGGAAAAACAAUAUGCCCGACAAAAGGAAGAGUCACAACGCAGGAUACUACUUUCCUUCUCUGAGAAACCUUCAAAGAUAACAUUGCCACAAUAUGCAUCAGGGGACGCGUUGAUGGAGAUCCAGAGGUCAAUUCUGGAACUAGAUCAGGUUGCUAAGGCAAAUGUACUGGAUCUUCAGGAGGCAAUACUGGGACUGGAUCGGAUUCUUAAGGCAUCUAGGACAAGUUUUGCUCUUCUUGCAUUUGGGCUUCCUCUUCUACUAUUCUUUCGAGUGCUGACACUGGUAACACAUGUCCAGAGUGCAGAGGGAAUAGAUAGCAUUGGGGAGCUUCUUGUACUUGCACAGCGAAGGUUUUUGGAAUUUAAAGAAUCCAAUGUUAAUGGAGAGGAGGAUGAGGUGAUGUGGAAGUUCGGAUUGACACUUUACUCCCUUGAUAGAUUAUACGAAGUUGUUGAGUUGCAUGGAAAUCAAACAGACGAGUGGACAAGCUUGAAGGAGUACAUCUUCCGUCUUGCAAAACCUGGUGUGGCCAUGGAAGAUAAGCUUGAUGCUCUUUCCUGUCUGAAGCGCACAUACAGAUUCUUAAGGUUAUUUUAGGACUAUUUUUAUAAAUGGCCAUGGCACCCCCUCCAGAAUUGCAAAGGAGUUUACAUUAUAUACUUAACAUCAGUCAUCUAAUAGUUUAAGGUUAUUUUAGGAGUAUUCGUCAAAAUUAUGAAGAAAUUUUGACAAAUAUACUAUUUGUUGUGUAGUUUUCAUAAAUUUUGAACCAAUGUACCGAAGUUAUA